AAGAAAGAAAAAAAGAAAGAAAAGAGAUAAACAGUAGAGGAGAAAGAGAAAAUGGGUCAAACAGGUUAGUUAAUUGAUUGGAUUUCUUGUUUCAUCGAAGGAGAAGGCGGAAGGAGAAGGAGAAGAGAAGAGAAGAGAAGAGAAGGUGGAGCCGUGUUGGCCAUCGACCCACAACCUUCAUUCAAUCAUUUGCAAAUCAGGACAAACCUUAGUUAAUCCUUCCUUUUAGAUUACCCUCCAAGAUUUCACACUCUUUCGCUUCAAACAUCCCCAAAUCCUUAUCCCAUCCUCUUUCUUCUCCUCUCCCUCUUCCUCUUCCAACUAUUCGGCUUUCGUUGACCGGAUUUCUCCCCUCCGAUCCUCCUUCUUUGGCCUCCACUUUCACCUAGGCAGGGAGCUUUAACUGCCAUGGCUCUGCUAUUGGAGGAGAUUGUAAAGUCCGUUGAGUUGUGGUUGAAGCUUAUCAAGAAGCCUGACCCCUUCGUCGAUCCCAAUCUCGAUCCUGUUCUUUUAGUGCCGGGGGUUGCUGGUUCCAUCUUGAAUGCGGUUAAUGAUGAUACCGGCAAAGAGGAGCGAGUUUGGGUCAGGAUAUUCGGAGCUGAUUCUAAAUUGCGAACCGAGUUAUGGUCUUUUUACGAUCCCACUUCUGGUAAGUCUGUAUGUUUUGAUCCCAAGAUCAAAAUUAGAGUUCCGGAUGAGAGAGAUGGAUUGUAUGCGAUAGAUACUUUGGACCCUGACAUGAUCAUUGGAUGCGAUUCUAUUUACUAUUUCCAUGACAUGAUUGUUGAAAUGACCAAGUGGGGUUUUCAAGAAGGAAAAACACUUUUUGGAUUUGGAUAUGAUUUUCGCCAAAGUAACAGGUUGCCAGAAACAUUGGAUCUCUUAGCUGCAAAACUGGAGGCAGUAUAUACUGCUUCGGGAGGAAAAAAGAUUAAUGUCAUAAGUCAUUCGAUGGGCGGUCUUUUAGUGAAAUGCUUCAUGGGCUUGCGCAGCAAAAUUUUUGAGAAGUAUGUGAAGAAUUGGAUUGCAAUUGCUGCACCAUUUCAGGGUGCACCUGGAUAUGUUACAUCAACCUUUGUGAGUGGUAUGUCAUUCGUUAAUGGAUGGAGACAGAACUUCUUCAUAUCGAAGUGGAGCAUGCACCAAUUGCUUAUCGAAUGCCCAUCACUUUACGAACUAAUGGGCUCUCCAGACUUUAAUUGGCAACACAUUCCUCUUCUAGAAGUUUGGAGAGAGAAACAUGACAAGGAUGGGAACUCUCAUAAUGUGUUGGAAUCUUACCCACUUAAAGAAAGUGUUGAAAUACUGACAGAAUCCCUUUCCACAAACAAAAUUCUUCAUGAUGGAGUAGAUAUUCCCCUGCCAUUUAAUUUGGAUAUUUUGAAAUGGGCAAACGAGACGAGGGAAAUUUUAAAGAAUGCUAAACUACCUCCUCAGGUCAAGUUUUACAAUAUAUAUGCAACUGGUCUUGAAACUCCACAUACUGUUUGCUAUGGAGAUGCAGAAAAUCCUGUCGCUGAUUUACAUAAACUGCGAUACACUGAGCCCAAGUAUGUUUACGUUGAUGGCGAUGGGACAGUUCCGGUGGAAUCGGCAAUGGCUGAUGGACUUGAUGCAGUAGCAAGGGUUGGCGUCCCUGGUGAGCACCAGCGCGUUCUUAGAGACCACCGUUUGUUCCGAAGCCUGAAGCAUUGGCUCAAAGCAGGCGAUCCCGACCCCUUCUAUGACCCACUGAACGACUACGUGAUCUUGCCAACAGGUUUUGAGAUUGAAAGUCAUGUGGAGAAGGGUCUGGAAGUAGCAGCUUUGAAAGAGGAAUGGGAGAUCAUCUCCAAUGACCAAAAUAAACCAGACGAGUUGUGUAAUGGGAAGCCAAUGGUGAGUUCGAUAACAUUAUCUCAAAUUGUCGGGGACUGCCCAUCCUCUAGGGCCGAGGCUUGCGCAACUGUUGUAGUUCAUCCCCAGCAAGACGGUAAGCAACACGUUGAGCUGAAUGCUCUUAGCGUGUCGGUUGAUGCAUAAAAUUAAUUGUCAUGUAAUUGUGUUGCAAUCAGCCUUACAAGGUGUGCAAUUCAUGAACGGUCUGUACAGUCAUUUGUGUGAUGAAAAUUGUAUAUUUAAAUUUAGAUAAUUUUUCUUCCUUAUGUAUAUAGCAAAUGAAAUGUAUCCGAAUGAUUGUUUCUCCAAGUGUUAUAAUUUUAAUAAUUUAAUUAUGUAA